AAUGGAUAAAGUCUAAUACUCAACAUCUGUGAAGGAUAUCAAUCAAAAUUAUGUUGAAGCAUAAUAUGCAGUCAGAGGUCUUGUGCCAUCAACAGCUGCUAAGAUUUAGGAAGAGAUUAAAAAUGGUAAAUAAUAUCCCUUUGAAUCCAUAACUGAAUUAAAUAUUGGAAAUCCAUAAACAUUUGGAUAAAAGCCAAUAUCAUUUAAUAGAAGUAUAUUGGCAUCAAUGUUGGAUCCAUCCAUUCUUUAACAUUAAUCUGAAGAUGUCUAAAGAAGAGUGAAACAUUACUGUGACAAGAUAGGAUUUUAAAUAGGUGCUUAUAGUUAAUCUCCAGGAUAUCCAGUAGUAAGGGAAGCAAUUGCAAAGUAUGGAAUUUCAUCAUCUAUUAAUAGCUUCAUUCAAAAAAGAGAUGGGACUCUUGAAAAACCAAAUAUCAAUGAUAUAUUAUUGACUGAUGGAGCAUCAGCUGGAAUUACUUUGAUGUUCAAUUUAUUAUUAAAAGAUAAUAAAGAUGGAGUGAUGAUUCCAAUACCAUAAUAUCCUCUAUAUUCUGCAGUCAUUACCUAAUGUGGAGCAUAAUAAAUCCCAUAUUAUUUGGUAGAAGAAAAAGGUUGGUCAGCUGAAUAGACUGAAUUGGAAGCUUAAUAUGAAAAGGCUAAACAAAAUGGGAUCACUCCAAAAAUUCUAGUAUGUAUCAAUCCUGGUAAUCCAACAGGUUAAGUAUUCGAUAAAAAGAGUAUUGUAGAAAUGAUAUAGUAAUGAUAUAGAUAUAUUUUAUAGAUUUGCAUCAGAAAAGAAAAUUGUAAUCUUUGCAGAUGAAGUAUAUUAAGAGAACAUUUAUGUGGAAAAUAAAAAGUUCAUAUCUUUUAGAAAGGUUGCUCUUGAAUUGAAUUUGAAUGUAGAAAUCUAUUCCUUCCAUUCAAUUUCUAAAGGUAUAACUGGAGAAUGUGGACUUAGAGGUGGUUACAUGGAAAUAACUACUAAAGUUGAUCCAGAUGUCCAUUUCCAAAUUCACAAAUCCAAAAGUAUUAUAUAUUAUUAUAUGUUUUAGCUGUGAUGCUCUGUUCUAAUACUAUUGGAUAAUUAAUGACUGGUUUAAUGGUCACUCCACCAACUAAAGAAGAGGGAUGCAAUGAUCUUACUAUUUAACAAUACAAUGAAGAAUGUCGUGCUCUUUUCAGUAGUUUACAAAGAAGAGCAGCUAUUGUUACAUAAUUCUUGAAUGAGACAAAAGGAGUUUCUUGUUAACCAAUUGAAGGAGCUAUGUAUGCUUUUCCAAAGAUUGAGUUAUCAGGUUAGAUAUUUUUAUUUAUCUUUAGAAAAAUUCAUUUAAUUUGCAAAAGAGUAAAAUUAAGAACCUGAUGUUGUUUAUUGUUUGGAUUUAUUGAAAGAAACAGGAUUAGUAGUAGUUCCAGGUUCAGGUUUCCUAUAAUAUCCAGGUACUUAUCAUUUCAGAAUGACAAUCCUCAUUUUACCAGAAGAGAGAUUGUUAGCUAAAAUGAAGAUAUUCAAAGAAUGGCAUGAAACUUAUAUGUCUAAAUUCCAAUGAU